AUGCUAAACUCGCGAAUGCUCAGCUCCCAUGCCACAAGCUUCUCAUGCCAAGCUCAAGAAUUAUCUGGUCUAAUCUUUGAACUCAGACUCAAGGGGCAAUGUCACGCAUUUGGCUCUUUACAGCAGCCCAGACCCAUUAGUAGCUGCCGGAACGAAAAGGCCCCUACAUUAUGUUCAGGAAGAAUAAAGAGGCUAAGAAACAGUUUGAAAAGUUCAGGAAGCUUGGGCACAUUAAAAGGCAACAUGAUGCACAUAUUCAGGGAUGGGAGAGGAGGGAGGGCCAGGGGUAGAGGAGAGGUUGGGUUACCCAUUUGGUAG